UCGAGGGGCGCCCUCUGCGAACAUCCGCGUCGAUGCGCAUCGAUGCGAUCCAUGCCCGCGGCAGCCAGGUUAAGCGUCCUUGAUGAUGGGUCGGGCGAGGCAGUUCUACGUGCAAGAGUCCACCUGCGGGCUGUGGGGCCCCACCUUGGCAGUGGUGGUCGUGGCUGCCUUCUGCCUGAUUUGCUGGUUGACGGCUGCCAAGCCGCCAGACAUGCAGCAUAGCAUGCGGCAAGUCCGGGAGGAUUCAGCUCUUGGACCUAACCGUGACCAACGCGGCUGUCUACAAGCAGCUGGCUUUGUCUGGUGUGAAGGGACGGGCAAGUGCCUGAGGCCCUGGAAGGAGCCCUGCCCCGGCGGCACGGAGUUCUGCCGCGCCUACUGCGCGAAUCGCAAAGGCAAGAAGAAGCGAGCCGAAUCUCACAGCGUUCGCUGUGAUUGUGACGGUCCGGAAAGCCUGACUCCUGGCACUCUACAAUCAUGAGGCGGCUUGCCUCUGAGAGACUGCGCUCGUCGCCUUCACGUCGGAGCGCCUGGGUUUCCGCGAGAAUGGUAGCAGGACUCGUGGGU